ACCAGCAACCCGAACUCUGCAGCCAUAGACCUCAACCAUGUUGCUAGAGGACCCAUAUCCUUCAACUCCGCUGCGUUUCCUCUUAAGCUAACCCCCACCAAUUAUCCCUCCUGGAAGACGCAAUUCACGUGCCUUAUUGCAGGUUAUGACUUACUUGGCUUUCUGGAUGGCUCAAAUCAGUGUCCUGUGGCUACGGAACCCACCUAUGCUCCCUGGGCUCGGCAAGAUCAACUCUUACACCAUGCACUCAUCACUUUGGUUUCAGAGAACAUCACACCCUACAUUGCUGCGGCACCCACUGCUCAACAUGCAUGGGAAACGCUAGCCAACUUCUAUGCAAACCGAUCGCGUGCUUGAGUGAUCACACUGAAGGAGCGACUUCAAAACAUGCGCCGUGAUGGAAGAUCUGUCUUUGAAUAUCUCCGCACUCUAAAAGCGAUGGCAGACGAAUUAGGUACGAUUGAUCGACCCCUUUUUGAUGAUGAUCUAACAGUCUAUAUUUUGAAAGGCCUAGGUCCAGAAUUUCGAGAGAUUGCAGCAUCUCUUCGAACGCGUGACACCUCUCUGUCUUUUGAUGAUCUCCAUGAUCGGUUGGUGGCUCAUGAAGAAAGUCUCCGAUGGGAAGAUACUAAACUGGAAUCCACUCCUCUCACUGCCCACCUUGCUAGAGCAGCCACAACACCCUCUUCCUCCGUCGUGACCUCUGCUGGACUGUUGCCCACACCUCACCAUGGUCAGUUCUUCCCUCCACCACAUCGGAACUAUCGAGGACCCCUGUCCUCCAAUAGAACCUUCUUCGGGAAUCGACGGCGUGGAUCUUUUGGCCGGCCCAACAAUCGGCCUACUGCUCAAGCCUGUCAAUUGUGCCAGAAUUUAGGCCAUUUUGCCCACAAUUGUCCAUUUUACCGGGUUCAACAACACCCUCCGCAUGCCAACUUUGCAUCCUCUCCCAACAUUGCUUCUGAGGCUUGGCUCAUCGACUCUGGUGCAACUCACCAUGUGACCACGGACCUUGCCAAUCUCGCCUUGCACUCUGAAUAUCUUGGCCUUGAUGAACUUCAAAUUGAGGAUGGAGCAGGAUCGAAGCACGGGGGCGACAAUGUUGCGCGGUCCAAAUACAUGGAGUUUAUCAACUCCCAAGCAAAACUAAGCCUAUGGCUCUGGUUGCCAGUUCCCAUUGACAUGGUUUGCCACCGCCCGGCUGUUGGUCGCUCAAUGUUGCCUCCUUGUGCUCCAGUUCCCCAUCAUGCGGUAGUCCCCGUGUCCACCAAACCAGCCGUUCCUCACUCACCAGUCUCUCCGUCGGCUCCUACCUCCACACCUCGUUCUCCCACUCAAAGCCCCUGUCCAACCUCCACCCCUACCGUCACCCCCACCAUAGCUGAAUUGGACUCCUCUCCUCUUGCAUCCACCAACCACGCUACUUCUCAUAACCUCUCACCACCAUCGCCUCCCCCACCUAUACGGACUCAUCCCAUGGUCACCCGUUCUCAAAACAACAUCUUUAAACCAAAGACCUUACAUCAUGCAACCAUGGCCUCCCCACUCCCUUCACCUGAACCCACUUAUGUGUCUCAAGCAAUCAAAGAUUCCCAUUGGAGACGGGCCAUGUCUGAGGAGUUCAAUGCGUUGAUUCGCCAAGGGACGUGGGAGCUGCUACCCUCUCACCCGGAUCAACAUGUUCUUGGCUGCAAGUGGAUCAUUCGGAUAAAACGGGGUAAAGAUGGGUCCAUUACACGCUACAAAGCACGUUUAGUUGCCAAGGGGUUUCAUCAACAGCCAGGUUCGGAUUAUCUCAACACCUUCAGUCCUGUUAUUAAACCCACUACAAUCCGGACUGUUCUCUCUCUUGCAGUUAGUCGCCAGUGGCCUCUUAAGCAAUUGGAUGUGAAUAAUGCCUUUUUACAUGGUGAACUUGAUGAAGAGCUCUAUAUGCAGCAACCUGCCGGCUUUAUUGAUCAGACUCAUCCCUCAAAUGGGUUGGGAAACCUCACUUCCCUUGAGACAUUGUAUCUUUCAGGAAUCGACGAAGUGCAAGCUUUUUCGGAGGGGUUGGGAAACCUCACUUCCCUUGAGACAUUGUAUCUUUCAGGAUUCGACGGAGUGCAAGCUUUUCCGGAGGGGUUGGGAAACCUCACUUCCCUUGGGACAUUGCAUCUUUCAGGAUUUCGUAGAGUGCAAGUUUUUCCGGAGGGAUUGGGAAACCUCACCUCCCUUGGAACAUUGUAUCUUUCAAGAUUCGACAGAGUGCAAGUUUUUUCGGAGGGGUUGGGAAACCUCACUUCCCUUCGGACAUUGCAUCUUUUAGGAUUUGACGGAGUGCAAGCUUUUCCGGAGGUGUUGGAAAACCUCACUUCCCUUAAGCAAUUGACGCUUUCAAAUUCCCUUAAGACAUUGAAUCUUUCAGGAUUCAACUGAGUGCAAGCUUUUCCAGAGGGGUUGGGAAACCUCACUUCUCUUAAGCAAUUGAUGCUGAAGACCAAGUCAAAUAAGACUGUUAGUGGAGUCCUAAUAAAGUGGAGUUGCUGGA